AUUGAGCGACUUCAGCUUUUCUGGCAUUGGCCACCCGCCACUUUGGAAUAGAGUUGACUAAACACACAAUGGCUGCGUAUGAGUUUCCCGACUUUGACCAAUUGCCGUCUGUGCCGGGGCAGCCUCAGGGUUGUCUGUGGGGGUUUUUUGACCGAGGGGGCAAAAAGGAUGAGCUGGGCACUGUCAAUCUCCUAAACGCAGAAACUGUCAAGGAGGCUGCGCGGGAGAUUCAGACCGGAAAGCAUGUCCAGCUGGACUGGCCCAUGAACAAUGUCGAGUUCCCCGGCUUUGGCCGCAUCCCCAUUGAGCACAACGUCAAGGAGAUGGAAAAGGAGGGCUUCCUUGGGCUGGAUGACGAGAUCAAGAUUAACACCCAGACGAGCUCGCAGUGGGACAGUCUGAAACAUUGGAGUAUACAGAGCCAAGGCGUGUUUUACAAUGGCCUGUCGAUUAAAGAGGCCUUGAAAUCGCCUACGAAUGGCUUGCACAAUGUUUGUGAGAAGGGCGGCAUAGUCGGUAGAGGCAUUCUCGUUGACUGGCUACGAUGGUGGGAGCAUCAAAACCCCGGCAAAGACGCACCGUCUGCCAUUUCCACCUACUCGAUCCCGGCGUCCGAGCUGGAAGAGGUGCUCAAGUUCCAAGGCACCGAGUGCCGCCAAGGAGACAUUCUCAUUGUGCGAACAGGCUUUGUGCGCUGGCACGACCUCGCAGACGAAGCCACCCGGAUCAAGGGCACCAGCCCCGAAACACGGAUCCUCACCCUCAUCGGCGUCGAGAGCAACAUGGACACGGUCCGCUGGCUCUACUCCAAGCACUUUGCGGCCGUGGCCGGCGACACCAUGGGCUGGGAGGCCUGGCCGUAUCCCAAGGACUGCUGCCUGCACGAGUGGCUGCUGUGCCAGUGGGGGACGCCGAUUGGCGAGAUGUGGGAUCUGGAGCGGCUGAGCGAUGUUUGCGCCGAGGAGAAGCGGUGGUCGUUUUUCUUGACGAGUGCGCCGUUGCAUGUUGUUGGGGCGGUUGGGUCUCCGCCGAAUGUGAUUGCCAUAUUUUAGUUGUCUGUAUACAUGUAUAGACGUGUGGCGUAUAGGAUACAUCCAUGGAAUGAAGAAAGAGACGCUUAUUUCUAUUGGUAACUACAGAAAGAUGUAUAUACAAGUUGGUAUCCGCAUUAAGAGUCAUGGCAGUCAUAAGUAUGGCAAGUCAACCUCACUGAUAAGGCAUGCUCUCGACGUUGUCAUAGUUGGGCACCUCCAAAGAGUCAAAAAAGCUCACCUGCCCCGCGUCCAGAUUGGCAAACAAGUCAUCCAGCACAAACAGAUUCGGAAACAGGCCCGCAUUCGUCGUGCUAUAUGGCGCAAACUCGUUUGGAUACACGGGGAUGCCCGUCGGCAUGUCUAGCGGCGGCUUCAUCAGCGGAUCCAUCGGGUUGGCCGUCAUGUCCAGCGGCUCGCCAAUGCCUGGAAU